CUAUCCUACAAGUUUAGUAACUGUCAAAAAUCAACCCAAGCUAACCUCAAUCCAUGGCAACUCAACCUAUAUCUCUAUCACAACCAUUGAUUUCACAACCACCAACUGUGACAAACAUGGAGCUUGAUGAUGACGCUGCAAUCGCGGAUCAAGUAAAGGCUACUCAUCAUCAUAAUGCAUAUGGUUAUGGUGCCACCAAUUUGAAUGAAAAUUUUGUUUUGAGCUAUGCCGAAAAUAUUCUCAACUUUAACCACCUGGUUUCUGGAGAAGUUGAAAAAGACAUGUUAAUGCCACAAAAGCGCAUUCACAAGGAACUCUCGUACCAAAUGCUACAGCUUUCUUUUGAGGUAGCGUUUAAGUGUUUGAAUAAUAUUGAUAGUCACUCAGCAACACUCCAUCUGCUAAGCAUGCUAUCCACCUACCCUUGGGACACCAAGGUAGUCAUGAUGCUUGGAGCUUUUUCCUUAAUAUGUGGACAUUAUUUCAUCACUGUUUCUCAACGGCACUGUCGCCCAAAAAAGUUAGCAAACAUGUUCGCAAGUUUCAAGGAAAAUCUAAUUGCUAAUGCACCAUCUUGUCAUAUUGAGAAAUUAGUUGGGGAUAAUGAUUCUAUCAUCAAGUUCAUUAUCGAUCUCGUCAAGUGUGUGAGUGAGCUUAAUCAACCACCAUCUUUCUCUCCACCACAACCGUUACUUUUGGCGACUUAUUGGAUUACCAGGAACAUUCUUACUUGUUCCAAGCGUAUUCUUUAUGUUGAGUCCAAAAAUGAGAUAAUGGAAGAUUCCACUUUAAUUGCCAAAUCCAAAACCAUAAUCUCUGCUUGUUGCCCGUUACUAGAGGCAAAGAGAACAGAGAAAUCUUACGAAGCAUUAUUGCAUGCUUUUAGUAAUUCUCAUAAUAACCUUGAAGUUCUCAAGCUAAUAUUCAAUGUCAAUGAUGUUUAUGAGAACAUAUUUCUGUAUUGUUCGGUUAGACACAUAACAAGUGAUUUUUCCAGUGAACACCCUCUGCCAGGUAAUACAGAACUGGUUCCACUCAUUACAUUAGAAAACAACAGGGUGCUAUUGAUAAUAAUGUCAGACACAAAUCUCUCCGAGGCCGCUUUUUUUUACCAUCACUUGUCCAAGUUCAAAAUCAGCCCUUGGAAUAUUUUGAUUCCAAUAAUAGAUUAUCCUCAAGUUUGGACUGAAGCAAGGAUGCCAUCAGUAAGUAUAAGGAUGGGAUUAAAGUUGUUGGAUCCAUGCAAAAGGGUUACACCUCAAUUCAUUAGAUUUGUGAAGGAGAGAUGUGUUCCGAGUUUUCAAAGUGGUGGGGAACCUAUUGUUAUUUCACUUGACAGUCGUGGAAGAAUUGUUCAUACUAAUGCAUUGCACAUGAUCCUGACGUGGAGAGGAGACCUUGCGUUGGAUACACGCAUUGCUGAUAGUGGAAACAAUUUCAACUCUUUAUUACAAAAAGAGUUGACGGAAAUGACUUUAGGUGUUGGUUCUGUCAUUGAUGAUAUUGAGGAGAGGAAACAUGACUUGGUUAAUCGCAUUAGAAAGAUCAUUAAUGAUUGGAGAUAUGACAUGAAUAUGAGGAUAAAAGAUUCGGAUUCUUCCUAUAAGUACACUAGUAAGAAUGAAGAAAUGCUUUGGGAUAAACAGACAUGGAAUCUUAAAUUUUUGGGUAAUGACACAGGAAUGUUCAGACAUGAUUAUGGCAUACAUAGCUGGAUAGCACUUUGGACCGCAUUCAAAGAUGACUUUUUCUUUUGCGGAGGGAGUGAUGUUAAAUGUAUACAAGAAUUCGCAAUGAAAGUGAAGGAGGUCAAUUCUGAAAUCCAACUGGAUAUCAAAUUUGCAUACAUUGGAAAUAACAAGAAAGCAAAGUCACUUGUGCAUAAUAUGAAUGGUUAUGCACAUAAUCUUGAUAAUGAUGCAGAGUAUUUGUUGUUUUGGACACGACUUCAAAGUGCAUUCCUAUCAAGAAUUAAUUAUUUAAAUAAGAAUGGUCGUAUUGAAGAUGAGGACAAAAUUUUUCUUGGACUCCAAAAGUUACUAGCUUAUGAAGCUAAAAGCACAACAUUUGGAGCAUGGGUUUUGUUAGGCAAAGGGGAAGAAGUCAUAGCAUGUGACUUUGGUGACAGAAUGAUGAGAGUGAUGAAUGCAUACCCAAAAUGGAAGAACAAUAUAGGCAGCAAAGGUUUCAGCCGAGCAUUCAAAGAUUGUUAUGAGAAGCUUGCUUCUUCUCAGGAUCAACAUUCUUGUUGUACUCUUGAAUAUCCAUUAACUUUGGAUAAAAUACCAGAAGAUGUGAAGUGCCCUCAUUGUUCUCACCAUAUGCAUAAAUUUGUAACUUUCACAUGUUCUCAUGAGUGUUACUUAUGAUGAUGACUACUAAUAAAUUCUUAAAGCCCUUUUAUGAUAUUGAAUUAUGUCCGAUCC